UGCAGCAAGGACACUGCUGUCGAGGCGUCAGCAGGAGCUGCCAGCCAGAAGCAUGCAUGCCUUUCCGUUCCUGUGUUCCCUCCUUCUCUGCAAUGGUGUAACGGUUGCUGCACAGAAAAAGAUCCAGAAGCUCCCUGAUGAAGAGGAAGAAAGCUCAGCUCAGAUACGGACCCCACAGACUCUCUCUCGAGGCUGGGGAGAUGACAUUGAAUGGGCACAGACAUACGAAGAAGGUUUAGCACGAUCAAAAACCAGCAAGAAGCCACUGAUGGUUAUUCACCACUUGGAAGAGUGUCCUUACAGCCAAGCUUUAAGGAAAGCAUUUGCUUCUAGCCCAGAAAUCCAGCAGAUGGCUCAGGAGGACUUCAUCAUGCUCAAUCUGGUACAUUCCAGCAGUGAUGACAACAUGGCACCUGAUGGCCAUUACGUCCCUCGGAUCCUCUUUGUGGAUCCUUCAAUGACAGUUCGAGCUGAUCUAACUGGCAAAUAUGGGAACAGGAUGUACGCUUACGAACCAGAAGAUAUUUCGACCUUGAUUGAAAACAUGAGACAAGCAAAGCUGCUUCUGCGCACAGAGCUCUGAGCCCGGGGCAGCACCGACUUGCACACACGUGCUGAGAUGACAGCCCCGGGAGUGCCGAGCGAUGCAGAGCGGCACACGCGGCCCGUCCUUGUGCCUCCCCUCGCAGACCUUUGUCAAGAAGCCACGGUCACGAGAACUUGGUGCAAUAGAUACACCCACUGAUUUUUAAGUAGCAGUCUAUCUUAAUGACUUUACAGUUAUCAUUAAUAGAGGAGAACUGUCUUUUGUAGCGUUCACAACCUCUUCUUUACCCCAACUGGUGUCAUUC